AGAUGUGGGCCAAGGAGAGGGCGAGGAGGAGGAGGAGGAAGAGGAGGAGGAGGGCUCGAGGCUGUCUCUGCCGGCCACCCUGAAGAACUGCCGUCCUUGCCGGGGCCUCAGCGUCCUGGAGAAGCUCAUCAAGACGUGUCCUGUGUGGCUGCAGCUGGGGCUGGGCCGGGAAGAGGCUGCCAGGAUCCUGCGCCGGGAGGCGGCUGGGAUGUUCCUGGUGCGCCGGGACUGCAGCCUGAAGCACCUGGUGCUGUGUGUCCACUUCCCUUCGCUGCACGAGAGCGCGUCCGAGGUGCUGGAAUACACCAUCAAAGAAGAGAAAUCCAUGCUGUACCUGGAAGGCUCGGUCCUUGUGUUUGAGGACAUCUUCAGGCUGAUCGCGUUCUACUGUGUCAGUAGAGACCUCCUGCCCUUCACGCUGCGGCUGCCCCGGGCCAUCCUGGAGGCCAGCAGCUACCCAGCCCUCGAGACCAUCUCCAGCCUGGGCCUGGGCUUCUGGGACUCUUCGCUGAACUCCCAGCGAGGCGGAGAGAGCCCCCCAGAGCCCGCCAGGGACCCGGCCCCCGGAGCGCCUCCUGCUGCCAGCCGCAGGGCCCCCACGCCGUCCGCCAACUGCUCCUGCGAGUUCCAGCUGUCCGUGGGAAGCGACCGCCUGUGGUUUGUGAGCCCUCUCUUCAUCGAAGACUACGGGGGCGCCCUGCCCUCAGACCAGCCGCCCCCGGGGAGCUGCCCCCCACGCCCUGCGCCCCCCACCUCCGAUGCUACCUCGCCCUCCGCCAGGUGGGCUCCGCGCCGCCCGCCCCCGCCGCCCCCGGCGCCCACCCUGCACCCCGCGGGCCCAGCCCGGCUUCCCGCACCUCCGGCUCCUGUUUGUCCUCUGUCCACUGCCCGCCCGGCGUCUGCCCCCCACCCUGCCCCCCACGCCCCUGGCCCCCCGGACCGGCCAAGCCAGCCGCCCAUGACAGCCUGCGACCGGCUCCUGCGCCCGGCUGCCAGCCUGGGGCCCCUCAGGGAGGAGGAGGUGCCACCGGGCGCAGCCCCCAGCCCCGCGCCGCUGCCCACCGCCCCUCCGCUGCCGGCCAAGAAGGGUCUUCCCGCCGCGCCCCCCAGACGCCGCCUCUCCGAGAGGGUGUCCCUGGAGGACCAGGGUGCGGGGAUAGCGGCGGCAGAGGGGACCCAGCCGGGCCCUUGCGGGGCGACCCCACUGAGCCUGCCUCCCCAGGGGCCCUUGGACAGCCUGGAGGAGCGGCCCCAGAGCACCGCAGAGCAAGGCCAGGAAGCAGAGGCCAAGGCCGGCGAUCCAGGCGUGGUGCCAGGGCCGCCGCCGCCGGGGAAGACCAGACAACCCCCGGUCCCGCCCCCCAGAAAGAAGCGGAUCUCCCGGCAGCUGGCCAGUGUGCCGCCAAGCCCCGCGGAGAGCGCCGCGGCGCCCACGCACGAGGCUGCCGCCCAGAAGCACACGCCUCCAGCGCCCAGCGAAGGCCGGAGUCCUGCCCGGCAGGCUGGGUCCCCAUGCCUCCAUGCCCAGGCCAGCACCCCCCGACCCCACAGCUCUCCAGAGUUCAAGGGCUCCCUGGCCUCUCUGCCCGACGGCUUGGGAGUGCCCGCCUUGGCUGGGGACCAGGACUCCUACUCGACCAGCAGCACGGAAGAGGAGCCGGAGCAGUUGAGCCUCCCCAGCGUGAAGAAGAAGCCGGCGAUGAUCCUGGGCAAGGCGCGCCACCGCCUGAGCUUCGCCAGCUUCACCAGCGUCUUCCAGGCCCUGCUCUCCAGCGACCGCAAGCUCUACAAGAAGGUGGUGGAGCUGGCACAGGACAAGGCCUCGUACUUCGGCAGCCUGGUGCAGGACUACAAGGCCUACAGCCUGGAGAUGAUGGCGCGCCAGGACUCCAGCACCGAGCUGCUGCAGGAGAUUCGCACCAUGAUGACCCAGCUCAAGAGCUACUUGCUGCAGAGCACCGAGCUCAAGGCCAUGGUGGACCCCGGCCUGCACUCGGAGGAGGAGCUCGAGGCGAUCGUGGAGUCGGCCUUGUACAAGAGCGUCCUGAAGCCGCUGCAGGACGCCAUCAACUCCAGCCUGCACGAGAUCCACAGCAGGGACGGCUCGCUGCGGCAGCUCAAGGAGAACCAGCUGGUGAUCCUGGCCACCACCACCACCGACCUGGGCGUGACCACCAGCGUGCCCGAGCUGCCCACCAUGGAGAAGAUCCUGCAGAAGUUCACCAGCAUGCACAAGGCCUACUCGCCCGAGAAGAAGAUCUCCAUCCUGCUCAAGACCUGCAAGCUCAUCUACGACUCCAUGGCCCUCAGCAACCCAGGGAAGCCCUAUGGGGCCGACGACUUCCUGCCGGUGCUCAUGUACGUGCUGGCCCGCAGCAGCCUCACCGAGCUGCUCCUGGACGUGGAGUACAUGAUGGAGCUCAUGGACCCCGCCCUGCAGCUGGGGGAGGGCUCCUACUAUCUGACCACCACCUACGGGGCCCUGGAGCACAUCAAGAACUAUGACAAGCUCACGGUGACGCGGCAGCUGAGCGUGGAGGUGCAAGACUCCAUCCACCGCUGGGAGCGCCGGCGCACGCUCAACAAGGCCCGGGCUUCGCGCUCCUCCGUGCAGGACUUCAUCUGCGUGUCGUACCUGGAGCCCGAGCGGCAGUCGCGGACGCUGGCGUCGCGGGCGGACACGCAGGCGCAGGCGCUGUGCGCGCAGUGCGCGGACAAGUUCGGGGUGGCGCAGCCGCGCGACCACCGGCUCUUCGUGCUGGUGGACGGCCGCUGCUUCCAGCUGGCCGACGAGGCGCUGCCGCACGCCAUCAAGGGCUACCUGCUGCGGAGCGAGCCCAAGCGCGACUUCCACUUCGUGUACCGGCCGCUGGACGGCGGCGGCAGCCCGCCCUGCCUCGUGGUGCGGGAGCCCAACUUCCUGUGAGGCGCGCCCUCGUGUCAGCGCGCAGAGAGCCGAGGACGCUGGGGAAAACGGCGAGGCAGCAGCCGCGGGCGACUUCCAGCCCCGAGAGCCCUCGCUCUUCAAGGGGAAACUGAGGCUCGCAGCAAGCGAGCCCACCCGCUGUGCGCGCACAGCCCCUCGGGCCGGGGAGGAAGCUCCGUGUCCCAGGACGUGGCCGCAGCUGCUCCCCUGCCCCCAGGGGGCCGCCGGGCAGCUGGGGCCCCCCGCCCGGCCUCUCCGGGGCACCCCAGGUGUGUGUGGAGGGCUCGGGACCAGCCCUUGGCCACCAGCGCCCCGCAGCCCCCCAGGAGCGGGCAGCCACCGCGCGGGGGAGCCCUGGCGGACACCCCCUCUCCGUCCCCCGGGGCCACGCAGUUGUGGGGAGAGACCCAACUGCGUGGGGAGGGGCGAAUAAAGACCCUUUGGGAAA